AAACUAAAUUACUAAACCGAUCUGCACAAUACUCUGAGAGAGAGAGAGAGAGAUAGGGAGUGUGUGUCUUUGCGUGUUUUGUAUAAUUGUGAAAAGUGUUCUUCUCUCUGCUCUCUCGAUCAUGAGAUCUCACAAGACAUCUUCGAACAACAACAAACGACCUUUGCUUCUCCAUCUGGUCUGCUCUGCCGUUCUCUUCUCUCUCUUCGUUUUCGCUAUCCAAUCCUCUUUCUUCACAGGUAAUCAGAAUAAAUCAGAUCUCAACAGAGAAGAAGUUCGGGUUUUGUCAGAAUUUCAGUCCAGUGUUCAGCAAUGCGUGGCAAACAGGGGGCUUGGACUCACUGCACAUAUAAUUGACCACUGUAAAUUGAUUCUUAAGUUCGCUGAAGGCACUAACAGCACCUGGUACAAUGAACAAUUUAAAAUAUAUGAACCCUUGGAGUACACAUAUGAUGUUUGUGAGGCAAUUCUAUUAUGGGAACAGUAUCGUAACAUGACUACUGUGUUGACAAGAGAGUAUUUGGAUGCUCGACCUGAUGGGUGGCUAGAUUAUGCAGCAAAAAGGAUAGCACAAUUGGGAGCAAAAAAAUGCCAUAACCGGACCCUUUGUGAAGAACACCUGAAUUUGAUUUUACCAGCAAAACCCCCUUUUCAUCCCCGGCAGUUCCGCAGAUGUGCAGUUGUUGGAAACUCAGGAGAUCUCUUAAAGACGGAGUUUGGGAAAGAGAUUGAUGGUCAUGAUGCUGUUAUACGAGACAAUGAGGCUCCUGUUAAUGAGAAAUAUGCCAAGUAUGUUGGCCUGAAGAGGGAUUUCCGACUUGUGGUGAGGGGUGCUGCUCGUAACAUGGUCACCAUUCUAAAUGGGUCUGUUGACGAGGUGCUUAUAAUUAAAAGUGUGACACAUAGAGAUUUCAAUGCUAUGAUUAAGAGUAUUCCAAAUCCGGUUUAUCUUUUCCAAGGAAUUGUGCUGCGUCGAGGUGCCAAAGGAACUGGAAUGAAAUCUAUAGAACUAGCACUCUCCAUGUGCAACAUUGUUGACAUAUAUGGUUUCACUGUUGAUCCUGGUUAUACUGAAUGGACGCGAUACUUCUCUACACCUAGGAAGGGGCACAAUCCACUUCAAGGGAGAGCAUACUAUCAGCUUCUAGAAUGCCUUGGUGUUAUUAGAAUCCAUUCUCCCAUGAGAUCCAAGAGGAAGCAAGACUGGUCAGAUGUACCUAGUCGAGAUAUGAUUAGCAGAGCUCACGCUGCAGCUUUGCGCUUAAAGAAGAGUCAAGGUAGUCAGGUGGGUGAUUUGGGCCAGUUUGGUAGUUGUAAGGUGUGGGGCAAUGUGGAGCCUGACAGCAAUGGACCCAUCUCAGGAUCUCCAGACAUGAGCAAUGUCAGGAAGUACUCAAAUUACAGUAAAUGGGAAGUCAUGCCUUUUAAAAGUCUUAGGAAGGAAGCACAAGAUCACUACAUGCAAAUGCAAGCUGUCUCCUUGUACAAAAUGGUGGCAAUAAAUUGGAUGAUCUAGUAUGUGUUAGGCAUUCCUUAAAAUCUGAAGUAUAAGCGAUGUGGGUAAUUCUUUGUGAUCUUACACUGAUUGUGGUUGAGAGCAGGCCUGACUGGGUAUACCUAUAUUCUUAAACGAAAAUUAGUUUAACUGACUGUUUGUGGUCUUACAGUGAACAUGACUAUCGUCCACUUUCAACAAAUUUUGUUGGCAACAGUGGCAAAAUGGAAUCUCAAGUUCUGCUAAUACAAAUUACAUGGAUGUUGUGUGAGAUUUCACUGAUGGGAUUCUUCUUGCUUAGUGGAGAUUCUUUCAUGUUGAUAUUAAGAGUUGAGUUUAUGGAGUGAAGGUGUGAUCAUAGGUUUUUGGUAUGCUCUAGGUUGGGCUUAAAUGUAUGUUCUUGUAGUUGAUAGAAAACGAGAAAUUUGUCUGGUAGAAGGAAUGGAAGUUUGUAUUCUUUUCUAAUUUUAAAAGCUAUUCCAAGCUGGUAGCGCCUUGUAUCUUGGUUUUGGGACA